UCUCGGACCGAUUUCGGAUGGGAAGGAGAAAGAAGGAAGAGAUUUUAAUCAUCACUGUCUCUUUAAAGCCACUUAUCAAAGCUUUGCAUAUUCCGAAAAAGAAACCGACGUCUGAGCCGUCGCAGAGCCGACACUGACGGUGUUCAGGAAUGGAAUUUUAAAAACUUGCACGGCCUUUGGAUUUAGCAGUUGAUUUUUUCCCUCGCUGGCUGUUAUAGAUGGGGUUUGAUCGCACAGUGGAGGAUUGUACGCUGAAAAGAGACAAGGAUAAAUUUGGAAAUAUCGCGUUCAGGUAGUGGACCGACUUGGGAGAAGCCUGUACUUGCUUCGGAUCGGUGUCGUUAGCUAAUGGUUUCAUGGUGGAACUUGGCAACAUGACAUGUUUGUCGGUCGAAACUUGCAGAUACUGGGUUUAAAUAUUCACCGACGGAUUUAUCCAGCUUCUUUCUGACAAGCACACGUUGACAACACAGAUAUUUUCCAGAUACCUUUUUUGACAGCAGGUCAUGGAUAGGGUGGUGAAAAAGACGGGCCAGCGACAUGAUUUCUCCGCUUUAUCUGCAGAAUGCGGAUAUUAAUGUUAUAAUACACAAAUGCAAGAAAGUUGCAAAGCAUGUGGAAUGCUUAAAUUGUCAUUUAAGAGCCGUUUUGCACCUGUUAUAAUAAACAAACGCGUCGAUGUUGAUGUGCUGGAUGUCUUAAAAUACGGGUUUGGAUUAUACGCCUCAGCCUGCAUGGAACAGUUAAGCAUUUGUUUGUCUAUUAUAUAUGGAAGCGUUAUACCCAAGGUCAUCUUGUAGCUUAUUCACACAUUAUUUAUACGCGUUUGUCCCCCUCUUUGUAAAGGUUGAAUUCAACUGAACGGGCAUUUCGGGAAUUCGAUCUGUUGACGUGACCAAGUGUGUGUGUGUGUAUGUGUGUGUGUGUUUUCUUUUGGUCACUGCAACGAUUCUAAAAUGGAUGUGAAAUUGAAGCAGAGUCGCAGAUCCCGCUCACAGCGGGAGAGGGUAAGGAGACGGGAGACUAGUGGCAGGGAUGCCCGCAACCACAGCCCCUCGUCCUGCUCGGACCGUGAGGAAAGUCCUGGCAGGGACCGUGCCACCCAAAAUGGUAAAAAAGCUCCUCUAUCGACAUCCUCUGCUAGAGCCUCUCGUCCACCUCGUCGAAAGAGACGAGAAUCAAGCUCACAAGAAGAGGAUAUUAUUGAUGGAUUUGCUAUAGCCAGUUUCGUCAGUUUGGACCGUCUCGAGAAGAAGAACGGGACUCUGAAGGAGAGGAAGGAACGAUGGGAGAAGUGCGUGUCCAAGAGACAAAGGGGGACCUCGGAGAACGGCCUGACCUCUGACCCUGCGGAGAAGGGCUUCAGCGACCUGGCAACCAGUAUGGAGAGAGACCAGGAGCGGGUGAAAGAGCGACUGCUGAAGAAGACGUACUCGAAGAAAAACAAACGGUUUAAGUCGGUGCUGGGACCAGCAGGAAGGAACACAGAUGAGCAUGGUGUACCAGAGCUCCAUCAGCCUCACAGAAGCAGCUCCAAAGACCGGCUCAGUGAGAGCUCAGCCCACUCCCUGUCUGGACGCGGCUACUCGUGUGACAGUGAAAGUGACAUUGAUGACAAGGUGUCCGAUGUGGGGUCAGAGAAGCUGUUCUCUCCGUCUAUGCUGAAAGGUGUGAGCUCGAAUGAGAAUCGCGAGACCAAGACCUGCAGUGCAGCGCAAGUCUCGGGAUUACAGCGAAGCCAGGAGCAGAAUCACGACGUGUGCUUUGCCCCGCCCCUUUCCAGCCCCACCCCUGCCUCUCCACCAACCGGCUCCCCCGCUCCUGCUGCAGCCGCCGCCCCUCUUCCACGGCUGCGACGUUCUCCAUCUCCUCCUCCUCCUCUGACCAUCAAGAAGGAGACCGUGCCUCCCAUCCCAACCCCGCCUCUCCUCAGGAGCCAACCGCAUCAGCAGGAUCAUCGGGUCCUGCCUCCUCAGCACCACGCCCGAUCUCUGAUUGGUCACCAAGUGCACCAUCCCCUUCAGUACAGCAGCCUUCAGGACAUAAGCGGCAGCAGCGCCAGUCUUGCAGCCAAACACCACCUCCCCCCGACCCCCCAUCUCAGUGGUCUCCCUUCAUCGACUCCUCCACUCCCACUCUCUACCUCUCACUACUCCCUCCGCGCCGCUCCUCACCGCCACCCGGCCAUGUUCGCUGCCCCUGCCACCCUACCGCCACCUCCCACCCUGCCCACCAACAGCCUGGUGGUGCCCGGGCAUCCAGCUGGCAACCCUUACCCAGAGCAUGACGUGCUGAGACAGGAGCUGAACAGCCGUUUCUUGGUUCAGAGCGCGGAGCGAGGCCGAGGGCCUUCCUCCUCUUCCUCCUCUUCCUCCUCGUCGUCUCCGCUGGGCCCCGUGUCGCUCCUGAGGGCCGAAUUUCACCAACACCAGCACAUGCACCAGCACCAACACACGCACCAGCACACCUUCACGCCCUUCCCCACCGGCUUGCCCCCCGCCGCCAUCAUUGCUCCGCCCACUGCACCUCCCAUGGUGCGUACCCCAGGCAGAAAUUUUGACAAAUACGCCCCAAAACUGGACAAUCCAUUCUUGAGACACUCAAACUUUUUCCCCUCCUAUCCUCCCACCAUGCCUGGGAUGCCCCCUCUUCUCCCUCAUUCAGGACCAUUCAGUUCUCUACAGGGAGCCUUCCAACCAAAGGCCUCAAAUCCCAUUGAUGUAGCAGCACGGCCAGGGGCAGUGCCUCACACACUCCUGCAUAAGGACCCACGGGUAACGGAUCCCUUCAGGACGGCCGUGAGAAAACCUGGAAAAUGGUGUGCGGUGCAUGUCCAGAUCGCCUGGCAAAUCUACCAUCAUCAACAGAAGAUGAAGCAGAUGCAGUUGGACCCUCACAAACUGGACAUGAAUGGCAAACUUGACCUCUUCAGCCGCCCCCCUGGCCCAGGGGUGUUUCCAGGCUUCCCCUACCCCCACGACCUGGCACGACCUCUGUUCCCCUCCACAGGCUCCGCCCACCCAGUAGGAUCACCUUACGGCCCCUCCCCUCACCACAGUGGCUUCCUGUCAGCCAGUCAUUUGGCAGAUCCGUUCAGUCGCUCCAGUACCUUUGGCGGCCUCGGAAACCUUUCAGCCAGUGCCUUCGGAGGAUUAGGCAACCCUUCGCUCGGCUCCAACAGUGUGUUUGGACCCAAAGAGAUACCUGGUCAACCCGGUUUCAGCAGCCCCCAUCAAGACACUUGGAACAGAUUACACCGCACUCCGCCCUCAUUCCCCACCCCACCACAAUGGCCCAAAUCCACUGAGGUGGAGCGCAGCAGCUCUGCGAACAGCCACGAUCGUGAUCGUGAUCGGGAUCGAGAGAGGGAGAGAGAACGAGAAAAAGAACGUGAGAGAGAGAAACGGGACUCAUCUGUCGGAAAGGAAGAGAAGGAUAAAGACAGGGAUUUCCAGGACCGAAACCGUCACUCAAACAGAUCAUCCCCAGCCUCAGCGCCAGUCAGUUACCAAAUCAGCAGUCUGAUCCGCACCAACAGUCAAAACUCCAACAGCGACUCUGGUCGACACCGCAGCGGCAGUGCGGACCGGCCGCGGGAAACUGAAAAGGAACUUCUGGAACGCCAACGGGAGGCAGCGCUAUCAGGUGACAUGAAGGUGAAGGAGAGUCGAUCACCUGGAAAGGAGGUACAGGAACGACGCUCUUCGGAGGACUCCUGCAAGCCCAUCCACCGAUCCCCAUCUCCAUACUCCAAAAGCAGCAUCAUCGACUCAGGCCUCAAGAUGGGUAUUCCCCCACCUCCACCAAUCAAAGACAACGACAGGAAAGAUUCGCCCAAUGGCGAUACGGCACUAAAAAUGAAGCACGACAUGAAAAUCAAAGAGGAACGCAAGGAGGAUCAAGAGGUGAUGGUCGUUGGGUCUGAGCCUGGCCCUCAGCCACAGGUCCCCGCCCCCAUCCCCCCUCCUCCUGUCCCAGCCUCAGGACAACACAACCCCCUGCCCACCCAGCAGCCUCCGCCACCUUCCCCGCGCUGCAGCGAGCUGCCAGCCCCCGGCCCGCUGCACGGCGUACAUAUGGCGCAUUCCCUGCCGCUCUCCAUGUCGGCCAUGCACCAAAUGAGCAGCCUGAAUGCCCUCGAACGCGCCCGUAUGGCGCCCUUCAUGGGUGUCAGCCCGCUAGCUGCUGCUGCCGCUGCUGGGCGUGAACGCCUCCCCCACCCUGCCUUCUCCUGGGAUCCUCUGCGGGACGCGUACCGUAACUUGGACCUACAGCGACGGAUGGACUUCCAGCUCCGAGCCGAGCAGAGCCAGCGGUUCCCUGGGGUCUAUGAGCCAGACCGCGGCUACCGGGACCGUGAGCCGCACGACUACGCCCAUCACGAGCACAUGCUGGAGGUCCGACGGGAGCAAGAACGGCUGAGGCAGCAGGCGGAGGAGCGGGAACGCCUCCACCUUCGGGAGGAGCUGGAUCGGGCGAGGCUGCACCAGCUGCACCAAUCGCCCAUGGAGGGUCACCUUCCACACAUGCCCCCGUUUAUGUCCCACCUGGGCGGGAUGCCAUACCCCCGCCUUAGCCCCUCCACAGCACACAACGGCCUCCUCAACAGAACGCCUCCAACCGCUGCUCUAAGCGCACCUCCACCCCUCGUGCCCUCAGGGGUAACCAGACCCAGCUCUCCACGAAGGACUACUCCACUAACCACGCAAGACCCCCGGGAUUACUCACCUUCCCGCAACCCGAAAGAAGUGGAAGCCCGAUAACAGACUGACAAACAAAAAACUGGUUAAGACUUUCUAUAGACAACAUGCACUUAUUUUCCCCAAGAGAGUAAAGCAACUGUUAAAGAGAAAGUUCAAAACUGUAUAGCUGUACAAAGAUUUGUACGUUUGACAAAGCACAUGCCAUGCUAUUGUUUUAUAUGGACCUGGUGAGACAGGAGGAACGUUGGUUAAAGAAAAAACUAAUUUGAAAUGCUCGUUACCGACAAGAAAUUUGAUAUUAAUAUAUUAAUAAUCGGAUACCUGUUAAUUUUCCAUGUGAAAAGUGAGAUUAAUGAAAUGAGUUUGUACAUUUCCUAUCCUCUUUCAUGUAUAGAUAUUAUUUUUAUGAAUUUGCAUUUUGUUGCAUUUGUCAUGUUUUCCCUGAUAUUUAUUCCAGUUCACUGCAAGACAUGUUAUUUAUGUCUAAGGUAUUAAACCGGAUUCAUUUUGCUGUCUUGACAGUUAAUUAGCCCUGCGGUACCUGGAAAUUUUCAGAGCUGACAAUGUAAAAAAAAUAUAUAUAUAUGGUAAAGGUUCUCUCUGCUUGUUUUUGCC